GCGUUCAGUUGACACUUAUCGGGACUACAAAUAUUUGGGAACCCGUGUCCGCGUCGAUGGAACAGUUGGGGAGUACAAGUGGAUGACAUAUGGAGAAGCAGGUACUGCACGGUCGGCAAUAGGUUCUGGUUUGGUUAAUCAUGGAAUCCCACAGGGCUCUGGCAUUGGGUUGUAUUUUAUUAACAGACCUGAGUGGCUCAUUGUUGAUCAUGCUUGCUCUGCAUAUUCAUAUAUAUCAGUGCCUUUAUAUGAUACUCUUGGUCCUGAUGCUGUCAAAUUUAUCGUUGAUCAUGCUCUUGUACAAGUUAUAUUUUGCGUGUCUCAAACAUUAAAUUCAUUGCUGAGCUACUUGUCUGAAAUUCCAUCCGUACGUCUUAUUGUGGUAGUUGGAGGUAUAGAUGAUCAAAUUCCAUCACUUCCAUCAUCAGAUGGAGUUCAAAUUAUUUCAUAUACAAAGCUUAUUAGUCAGGGGCGCAGCAAUCUUCAGCCCUUUCGCCCUCCAAAGCCUGAUGAUAUUGCAACCAUUUGCUACACGAGUGGCACAACUGGAACUCCAAAGGGUGUGGUAUUGUCCCAUCAAAACUUUAUUGCAAAUGUUGCUGGGACCUCUCUGAGUGAAAAAUUCAACCCAAAUGAUGUUUAUAUAUCCUAUCUCCCUUUGGCACACAUUUAUGAGCGAGCAAAUCAAGUCAUGACAGUAUAUUUUGGCAUUGCGGUGGGAUUCUUCCAGGGGGAUAAUCUGAAAUUAAUAGAAGACCUUGCAGUUCUAAGACCUACUAUCUUCUGCAGUGUUCCUCGUCUAUAUAACAGAAUAUAUGCCGGCAUCAUUAAUGCUGUUAAAACAUCUGGUGGUCUAAAGGAGAGGUUAUUCAAUGUUGCCUACAAUGCUAAAAGGCAGGCAUUAUUGCACGGCAAGAACCCAUCUCCGAUGUGGGACAGAUUAGUUUUCAAUAAGAUAAAGGAAAAACUUGGAGGGAGAGUUCGUCUUAUGGUAUCAGGUGCCUCACCGUUAUCGCCUGAUGUUAUGGAGUUUUUAAAAAUUUGCUUUGGUGGGAGAGUGACCGAAGGGUAUGGAAUGACUGAGACUACUUGUACUAUAAGCUGCAUUGAUGAUGGUGACAGACUUAGUGGUCACGUUGGCUCUCCAAGUCCAUGCUGUGAGGUAAAACUUGUAGAUGUUCCUGAAAUGAACUAUACAUCUGAUGAUCUGCCGGACCCCCGUGGUGAAAUUUGUAUCAGGGGUCCCAUUAUUUUUCAAGGAUAUUACAAAGAUGAAGUUCAAACGAGAGAAGUCAUCGAUGAAGAGGGAUGGCUACAUACCGGAGAUAUUGGAACAUGGAUAGCUGGUGGUCGUCUCAAAAUCAUUGAUAGGAAGAAGAAUAUCUUUAAGUUAGCACAAGGCGAGUACAUUGCUCCAGAGAAGAUAGAAAAUGUAUACGUCAAAUGCAAUUUUGUGGCACAGUGCUUUAUAUAUGGUGACAGCUUUAAUUCUACUCUGGUAGCUGUUGUCUCAGUGGAUCCUGAUGUCAUGAAAGCAUGGGCUGCUUCGGAAGGCAUAGUGUAUAAUGAUUUAACACAACUUUGCAAUAAUCCAAAAGCAAAGGCGGCUGUUUUGGCUGAGAUGGAUGCGGUUGGACGUGAGGCUCAACUUAGAGGCUUUGAAUUUGCAAGAGCGGUCACUUUGGUGGCUGAACCAUUUGCGAUGGAAAAUGGUCUGCUGACUCCGACAAUGAAGAUCAAGAGGCCUCAAGCGAAGGAAUACUUUGGCAAAGCGAUAUCGGACAUGUAUAAUGAGAUCUCCAAAUCUGAUCCUUCUAUGAAACUCUUGUGA